UUUUUGGUCAAGUGCAUGUUGACGACAAGAGGACAUAAGCCAUGCAGGGCUUGUCGCGACUUCAUUUCGCCAAAUCACUCCAUGUUAAACGCUGGUCAUCAAUUUAAAAGAGUUCUUGCAAUUUUCCGAUUGGCUGAUUUGCCGAUUAAAAAAAGUUUAUGAUCGCAAUUUCAGGAUGAUGUUAUUUCAUUUCAACAUGGUUUGCGCUAUUGUGCUGUGGAUCUUCGUUUUUCAGUCAGUGGUUGUGCUUACCAUUCCGGAUAGAUAUCAGAAUACCAUACCCCAACAGUCCUUCCAAAGUGUACUAUACGCAAUUGAAGAAAGGCUGAGAAACCUGGACCACAUUUACUCCGUUCAGCUGUCUGAGACGUUGCAUGCCAAACUGGAUCAAUAUAACCGAAAAUUAGACUCUCUAGACACCAAAAUCAUUCGACUGGAGGCGAUGGUGAUGAUGAAUCUGGAUCGACUAUCCGAAAACAUCAGCACGAAAAAUCACAAAGACGACAUGGCCCGGACGCAGAUCUACAACAAGCUGGAAACGAUGCACGAUGGACUAAAUGAACGACUGGAUGCAAUGGAUCGGAAGUGUGAUGCAUCAAUGGAAAAAAUUCAGAAAAAAGUAGACUCAACUGAGAAGCGUCUAGAGAGAAUGGAGGAAGACAUGUUGCAAAGAAACAUGGACACCGAAGCCGAGCUAUCCGAAGCGCUGGGUAUUUUGGAAACUUUGAAAAGUUCUUCAACUGAAAUGGAUCUGAGAGUGGCAAACAUAUCAAGCGAUUUAAAAGACACUUUACAACAGGCAUCAAUGAUUGAUAACCUCAAUACGAGCAUGUAUGAUCUGUUUGAGGACUUUAACAGUUCAAUGAGCAGGCAGUUUCUUUUCCUGCAGGAUCGAUCAACUGCGUCCAUCGAUGCUACAGAGGACACAAACACGGCGCUAACUUCUAUGAGGGUGGAAUUGAAAGAAGACUUUAAUGCCUAUGCAAAUAAGGUGGCUGACAUGAAUGCAGAUAUUUGGAAACGGAACGAUUUGGCCGAAGAAGCUCUUAAGGCGAUUGAAGCUAUAGCCAAUAGUACAAAGAGUGAGCUGCAAAAUGGUAUCCGAGCUCUAAUGCUACAAAUUGGCAAAGGAACUGGUAAGGGAAUUAUAUCAGCUAACGAUAAAAACGCGAUGGAAUCCUUAAAACGAGGUGUAAAUCUCAGUUUGGAAAAAAUUAUCACCAACCAAGAACUGUUCCUGGAAAGCUGCCACCGAGUGCAAAUGGAUGAGUCUCAAAUAGAGUCCGAAAUCAGCAUGAUGCUGGGAAAACUAAUUGACAUGUUGGAAUCCAAAAUAAGCAUAGUCCUGAAAGAUGUGAAAAGCAUUGAUAAAACCCUCAAAAGUCACGACAGCAGAAUGCAAAGAAGUCUACAUCAGGCCAACACCAACAUUGUGUCACUGUACGACCGAACAACCAAAGCAUAUGACAAUGUUGACAAAGAAUUGCACAAUAUUAAAUUAAAUCUUGAGUCGCUUUUCGUCUUUGUGGAAAACAGUUUGCCUGGGCCAAAGGAAAUAAACACCAAAGAGGACAUUCUGAAUAAUAUUUCUCUGAACAUUUCCAAAUUAUUGCACUUUUUGAACAAUAACAGUACGGAGUUGAGUACAAAAUGGGACCAGUUGGAAAAUCAGUUUUCCGAAAACAAAGUAACAGUUGAUAAAGUCCUAAGCCAUAUAAAAAAUGUUACCGAUAUGGCAUUGAAUGAAGGCCUAACCCAGGAUAUUCACUUGACGAAAGAUAUUUACAAAGCUGUUGGUGAGAUUAAAUUGAUUCUUGCCAAUUUGCAGAAAACUGGUUUCAAUUGCGAGAAUAGAGAAAAUGGCGUUGUACAGAAAAACUCCAGUAGACCGAAAAACUGCACGGAUUACGGGGAUUUGAUUGAUAUCAGAACUGGGGAAAUUUCCUGCAAUGACCCCGAAAUAAGUCCAGGGGCAAAUGAAGACCUUGAUAAGAAGAUAUUUGAUAUUUUCGGAUCGCCUCCUGCAGCCUUAGUCCCUAAUACCCACAGGGUGGUCUAUCCAAGCUCAACAAUCAACCAAGGGCACUAUAAUCAACGCUGGCCUCAUUUUAGUAACGCCGAAUUUGUCAAUGAACAUGUAGCAAUAGCCAUAAAGCAGGGACAUCAUCAUAGAAGAUUCAAGCCCAAGUUACAAUCUAGAGCAGGCGAUGAUGAGCAGGAUGAGGAAUUUGAUGAUUCUGCUACUGAAGAAACAACCACUGGAUUUACUACAGAAAUUCCUUCAACAACAGAAAGCGUGGUCGGAACCACAGUUGCAGCGGAAAUAACGACCACAGCAUGAAUUUCAGUUAAUGUUGAAGUAUACAGAAUGUUGAACCAAAGAGUUAUGUUAAAUUAUCCGCUUGCCUAAAGACAAUGUAAAUACAUAGCUUGUAUAUUUUGAUAGCAAACGCUCCACUUUCAAUGCAUUUAUUGACAUAAUAAACAAAAGUUUUACAAAAGAAAUUUGAUUGAAAA